AUGCUUAAGCUUGAGGUGGGUGCGGUACAUACAACCGUUUUUGCAGAACCUGGUCUUCCCCAGAGGAAGAAUAAGAAGUGGCCGGAGCUCUUACAGGAAGCUGGAGUGUCUUUCCAUCCCGUGCCAAGGUUAUCAUCGGUACAAGCUAGGGAUCCCAACGACGACGUCAUCGCAGCCAGCGUCCGUAAAUUGUGCCAGUCCACUGCUAUCACAUGCAUUGCUGUAUUAGUCUCCGACCAAGAUUAUGCAGAAGCGUUGCAAGAAGCGAUACGUUCCAACAAGGUGGUUGUAGCGGUCUGUCCAGCCGAAAAGUAUCGUGUGGUGAGCACCUUUGAGAAGAUGGGAGUUAGAGUUCUGAGAUUGCCGCAGCAACGUGAGGAAGGUUCCGGUACGAAGAUCAGGGCCAUUCUAGAUGAGGAUGGAGGAGGCCAUGUGCAGUUGGCGGAGGCCUACCCCAGCAACAUCACCGUGAAGGAUUCGCAGGAGGAACAAGCCGUGAUUGAGUUUUUGCGCCAGCUGGGCUAUCGACCCGAGGACAGCGGAUACUUGAUACGUCAGAUAGCGAGGUUCUGGUCCACGAAUGCAUUGGGACCCUUGACGGUGUACCCAACUAGUCUUGCCAGAAAAGCUGUUUUUGAAUUGAUGGGAGUGACUAAGUUAUGGAAGUUACCUCAGGCAAGACAGGCUUUGUUCCUACCGCGGACGAACACUGCCAGAGUCGGCACGGCCAGAAAAAGCAAAUUCGGGGGCAAAGUGGCUUGCUCGAUCUUUGAAGCAGGCGGCCCAUUUCUCUUGCAAGACUCGGACGACUUGGUUGCACGGGCUCUUCGCAAACUGGGCUAUUUGGAUUCGAGCUUGAACAGAGACCUAGCAGAAGCACUCUUGGUCUUCGUCAACAAUAGCAACAACAAGCAAGCAUUACGCAAGAUCGGCGCAUUGCCUUCUGAGCAGGAUCAAGCAUCAACUGUUGGCGAAGCGCUUCGACAAGUGUUCCUGUCUGACUGCAGCCCUUGCUUUUGGUACACGGCAAUCAAAGAUGCUCCCCUGCGCCAGCACCUUUGCAGGGAAGGCUUUUUGCAUGAUGUGGCCGCCGAUCGACGUGACGUCUUCCAGGCGAUGCGAUCCUAUGCAAAGAAGAAGGGGCUGCCAGACAUGAAAUCAUACCUCGGCUACAACUUCCGCAUCAUGGCCGACUUGCAAUCCAAUCCUAGGAGCAGAGGGUCUGUGGAGUUUCAGUGUUGA